UUACCUUCUUUAUCAGUGAAGUGAGCAGUAGAAAACCGGAGAGAGGCACCCUCGAGCUCCCCAGGAAGCCCAGCGUCGACUCACUCUUGAUAGGGCUUGUCACCUAUUGUUAGGCGCUCGGUCAUGACCUCAACUUUGCUCCAUAAAAAAAGAAAUUUCUUUUAACCAUAAUAGACGAGGUAUUCGAAAACGGCGCGGUGAUGUGACAAGGGCUACCGAGUCGGAGGAGGAGGAGUGCGGGGCACCAGGGACGUCGAGAGGGGUUACGGCCAGGUUUUAGCCGUGUCGAGGCACCGAGUCGUGGAGGAAACCCCGAGGAUCACGGCCUCUUGCCCGGAUGACACCGGCGGCCACCGGCCACACUGCACCUCACAGCUAGCGUCCGCUAGGCUAACCAAUGUCUUCCAAGGACUGGAAGUAAACGUAGCAAAUGGCUUGUCGGGUUUAUUCAUUGCAACGAGCGUGUGGGACUUGUUAGUGGGGUUUUUUUUCGCCACCGGAUGGACGCCGCUGUGCUUCUCUGCUUCGGGCCGUGAUUGACAGUUAAGAGCUAAAGGCUCCCCCAGGAACGAUGGAAGGACUUCAUAGUCAGGCUCUAAGCUUGGACCCUCGCAGGCAAGAGCUGCUCGAAGCUCGCUUCACCGGAGUGGGUGUGGCCAAGAUCAACAGUGAAUCAUCCAGUCAGUCUCUUUGCAGCGUUGGGUCCCUCAGCGACAAGGAAAUGGAGACAUUGGAGAAGAAGGCCGAACACAGGAGCAGGAAAAGAAAGGGAGAAGUUUGUGACACGAGUAACCUCGCAAAGGGACGAGGCGUACACAAGACGAGUGAUUACUUUGAGUUUGCCGGCAGUAGCGGUUCUGGCACCAGUCCGGCCCGCGGCAUCCCAGUGCUGGUGCGCUGUUGCUCUUCCCAGCACUCGCUUUCUAAUCCCUCGUUCCAGCAGAGCAGUCCUUCAUCGGCAGGCUCCGCCCACACCGACUCGUCAUCAUGCAGCUCUGUCAAGAUGGCGCCCGCACACUCGUGCUCCCACAAAAUCACCCAGUCUGAGCUGACACUGCUAAAGCUGACGGCGCUGGAGAGGAGCAAGAACUCUGACCUGGAGAAGAAAGAGGGAAGGAUUGAUGACCUGCUGAGGGCUAACUGCGACCUGCGGCGCCAGGUAGAAGAGCAGCAGAAGAUGCUGGAGCGCUUUAAAGAGCGACUCAACAAGUGCGUCACCAUGAGCAAGAAGCUUCUUAUUGAAAAGUCAAAACAUGAGAAAAGAACUUGCCGCGACAAAAGCAUGCAGGAUCGUCUACGUCUGGGCCACUUUACCACAGUUCGCCAUGGCGCCUCCUUUACCGAGCAAUGGGCUGACGGAGUCGCCUUCCAGAACCUCAUCAAGCAACAGGAGCGCAUCAACUCACAGCGCGAGGACAUUGAGAGGCAAAGGAAGCUGCUGGGGAAAAGGAAACCGCCACCUGUGGCUCAGAUGCAGCCGCCCAGCACGGAGCACAACAAGCGAAAGAGCAGGAGCAACGGGCAGGAAAAUGAAGCACUGUCACUUGCUGAGUAUCACGAGCAAGAGGAAAUAUUCAAACUCCGCAUUGGUCAUCUGAAAAAGGAAGAAGCAGAGAUCCAGACAGAGCUGGAGCGUCUGGAGCGAGUCCGGAACCUGCACAUCCGGGAGCUGAAAAGAAUCCACAACGAGGACAAUUCGCAAUUCAAAGACCACCCGACACUAAACGACAGAUAUUUGCUGUUACAUCUGCUUGGAAGAGGGGGCUUCAGUGAAGUUUACAAGGCCUUAGAUUUAACAGAGCAAAGGUAUGUUGCUGUUAAAAUCCAUCAGCUCAACAAGAACUGGCGUGAAGAGAAGAAGCAAAACUACCAUAAGCACGCCUGUCGAGAGUACAGAAUCCACAAAGAACUGGAUCACCCUCGAAUAGUCAAACUGUACGACUACUUCUCGCUAGACACCGACUCGUUCUGUACAGUGCUGGAGUACUGCGAAGGCAAUGACCUGGACUUCUACUUGAAGCAAAAUAAGCUAAUGACAGAGAAGGAGGGCCGCUCUGUCGUCAUGCAGAUCGUCAACGCGCUCAAGUACCUCAAUCAAAUCCGGCCACCCAUCAUCCACUACGACCUCAAGCCAGGAAACAUCCUGUUGGUGAAUGGCACCGCUUGCGGCGAAAUUAAAAUCACCGAUUUCGGCCUGUCCAAGAUCAUGGACGAUGACAGCUACAGUUCGGUGGACGGCAUGGAGCUGACCUCGCAGGGGGCGGGAACCUACUGGUACCUUCCUCCGGAGUGUUUCGUGGUCGGCAAGGAGCCUCCGAAAAUAUCCAACAAAGUCGACGUUUGGUCACUUGGGGUCAUCUUCUAUCAGAGUUUAUAUGGACGAAAGCCAUUUGGUCACAACCAAUCCCAGCAGGACAUCCUCCAAGAGAACACCAUACUCAAAGCUACCGAGGUGCAGUUCCCUCCAAAACCUGUUGUCACCCCAGAAGCAAAGACAUUCAUCCGUCGAUGCCUGGCUUACCACAAGGAGGACCGCGUUGAUGUGCUCCAGUUGUCACGGGAACCCUACCUAAUGCCCGCCAUCAGAAAGACCCUUGCCGGCGGAGGCGGCAGUGCUGGGGCGCCACCCGUCACUCCUCCUCUCCCUUCCACCUCCAGCUGCUACGGGAACAGCGCCUCCAACUGAAGUCCCUUGUUUCUAACGUAGGGUGUCGUCGUCCUAGAUGACGGUCGCGCGUAUGCAUGCACGAAUGCUACGACUCAUUUUAACGGGUGUUUUAAAGCAACGUUUCCCAACCUUUUAAAUUGUGCCUGUCACUAUACGCCACUGGCACAGAUAGAUGAAUAAAGAUGUAUUAUUUGUAGACAAUAAGUGAAAUUAGAUCAUUUUGCAGGGUUGGAACGUACUGCUAUAAAUCAGUCACAAAUUUGCACAAGCGACACGCAUCUGUUCUGUGGAAGUUUUAUUGGAAUUAUGGCUUGAAAUAUAUUUUCAGCAGGCAUCGCAAGUAUUAACUCUCCCUCCAUAGACCUUUAUUGGAAGGGCUCCCACUGCAGUGACUGAAGACCAAAGCAUAGAAAGGGGGGAGGCGUGAUUAUCUUCUAUAUUAAACUGGAAGCUGUCAGCUGUUUAAUUGAAUAUGAAAUAUCCCGCUAACCAACUGGGAGUGAAUGAUCAUGUUUCGAUGCCAUUGACGUCAAUCGCCGUCAACAGCAGUAAAUGGGUUGAGACGCGGGGGAUUUAUGAGUGAAUGAGUGUUGUGAAGACAAAAAAAUCCAUGGAAGUAAUUAUAGUAUGUAUGUAACCAAUAAAAGAAAUAUUUGGUU